AUGCCCAUCUGUAUUGAGUGUCGACAUCCAGUUAGGACUCUGUGGACAUCCUACUCGGGUGCAGAUGACAAGUCGAGUGGACACAACAUUCGGUUAACAGUCUGUCGAAAAUGCGGCUCCUUUUGCGACAAGUAUGUCGAACACGACUUUGUUGUUCUCUUCAUUGACCUGGUUCUCAUCAAACCCCAAGUGCGUAUUGCUAUGUUUCAAGAUCAUCUACUUAGGAGAAGCCCAAAGCAGCUGAUGCCUAGACAAAACCAGGUUUAUCGACACUUGCUGCACAAUACCCUGAUGCGAGAUGGCGAUCGCUUUGAUCCCUCUAUCAUACGACUUGGCGUUCUUCUCCUGCUCUUCGAUGUCUACCUAACGUGGGCUCGAAUGGAGAGGCAGUCUAUCCCUGAAUCCUCGCCAGGCGGAAGCAAUCUUGGGAGAUUGGCCCAGCAGCCCAUCGUUUUACAAUAUCUUUUCUUCCUCAUUCUGUGUGCUCUGUCCACAGCGGCCUUUCACAUUAGCAUCCGUUUCCUCACGUCUUCAGCCCUCUCCCCUCUCAACUUCACGGGGAUUCUUCGCCGUUAUGGCCGCCCUAAUUCGGUUUCGACCGCUCUUCUCGUCUCCUCAUCCACCAAGCUCUUCCCCAUACUCAUGGUGAUAUGGCAGUACCACGAUGUCCCAGCUGCGGCUCGCUACCUCGGCGGGGCUGUCGUAGUCAACAAUGUCGAAGCACUCCGCAUUCUUUUGGACUGUAAAUACUACACGGCGUGCUUUCUGGCCAUUUCCGGGGCAGCCGCUAGAUGGAUAGUUGGGCGCAUGGUUCUGAGCGCAGCUGGGUUAGGAGACGUCGACUCGAUAAGCGAGAGCACCGUGGCCACCGAUGGAAAGGCGCUUUGGGCCUUGGUCACGUAUUUGAGGCAAUGGGCUGGUCGCUUAGCUGUAGGAUAG